AUGUCUUCGUUUUCCGUAGCCAAUUUGUUUGGGGUUGAGGGGCGUAUUGCUCUCGUGACAGGAGGAUGCAGUGGAAUUGGAUUGAUGAUUGCGAAGGGGCUGGUCGCAAAUGGCGCCAAAGUAUAUGUGACUGCUUUGCCAACCGACGACAUUGACGGCGCUGUUGCUGAGCUCCAGGAUCUUGGCAAGGAUACUGGUGGACAAGCCAUAGGAUUUCCGAGCGACUUAUCAACCAAGGAAGGCAUCUCCAACCUCGCGAAGGAGAUUGAGAAACGCGAGGAUCACCUGGACAUACUAUGCUCAAAUGCAGGGAUUCGACGUGACCCUCCGCAGAUGUGCAAUGUCAAAACAGCAUCAUUGGAUGAACUCCAGGCAUCUCUAUGGUCAUCCAGUCAUUCGGACUGGAAUGAUACCUUCCAGGUCAACGUAACGGCACAUUACUUCUUGUCAGUUGCCCUUCUGAAGCUUCUUGUAGCCGCAAGCAAUCUUGAGCUUGGAGAUGGCAUGCGCGGAAGAGACGUGGGUCGAGGUGUCAUGAUCAUCACCAGUAGCUGUGCAAGCAUGCAUAACUGUACCAAUAUUGAUCUGACCAGCUAUGCCGCGAGUAAGGCUGCCAUUGAUCAUCUGGUGGCAUUGUUGGCAACAAAAUUCGCAAAAUGGUAUGUCAGGGUCAACGCAAUCAAUCCUGGAUUUGUGCCUAGUAAGAUGAACCCGGUUGAGGAAGGCAACAAUCAAUUUGCAGAGCUUUUCAAAGCAAUGCCAGCAGGUCGCAUUGGAAAAUUGGAAGACAUUGCAGGAGCGGUAAUUUAUCUCAGCAGCCAGGCAGGGGCAUACAUUGAUGGUAGCUGCCUGUGUGUCGAUGGUGGGCGCGUCUUAUUGGCAAACGGACAAUAA